AUGGCCCUCCCCACUGCACCGGUACCACCUGUCAUUGAAGCGGCUCCAAUGGCCCAGCCAGCCCAGCCAGAAAAGGCCCCGGCCGCAACCUCGACGGCAACAGAUCCCGCUAUGCAGCAGCACUAUUCGUUUCCCCUACAGGAAAAGCGUGAAAUCAACGAGAAGUCUGUCAGCUUAAGUGACAAACACAAGCGUGAAGUCAAAGAGAAAUCCGUCAGCUCAAGUGACAAACACAAGCGUGAAGUCAAAGAGAAGUAUGUCAGCUCAAGUGACAAACACAAGCGUGAAGUCAAAGAGAAGUCCGUCAGCUCAAGUGACAAACACAAGCGUGAAGUCAAAGAGAAGUCAGUCAGCUCAAGUGACAAACACAAGCGUGAAGUUAAAGAGAAGUCUGUCAGCUUAAGUGACAAACAUAAUCGCCAGGAGAGGGAUGUAGGCAAAGAUCUGCUAGUUCAAGAUUAUGCAGGCUCUGCGAAUUGUGAGGAUAAGGAGAAUGAUUUCAAUGAAAAACAGAAUCCUGAAGAAAAGAUCAGUGCCAACGAACACGAAGAGAAUGAUGGGAACGGAGAACCUGAUUUUGAAGGAAAUCGUAGCCCCAUCCAGCUGUCUGACAAAGAUAAGGAUACUGAGGAUGAAGAAUGUCAAUCCGAAGAAGAAAUGAGCUUCACAUUGACUCCCCGCAAAGCAGAUGUAGCAUUGGGAGGCGUGAGAAAGGGCAAAUCUGGAGACUCACUCCAUGUAAGGCAAUUGCUGAUGGUCAUUUUUGGUGCCUCCACUCUAAGUCGUUGCAGUUACAAGGGAGUAGCUGUCGUCGGAGGCAAGAAUAAAUACAAAAUGUCACAGCAGAAAGCUGCAAGACCAGCACUUCCUAAAAAGGGAAUGGAAGUAUUAAGAGAUGAAUUUUUGAAAAGGCUUCGGAAAGAAAAUCCUGCUAUUGAUUCAGACGAAGAGGAGGAACGGAUGGAAUGUUUUAAUGAUGUAAUUCCUGACAAGAUCAAAUACCUCCGGAAACGAGCCGGAUUGACGGAUUAAAUUUUGCUUCAUCUAAGUUUUUUUACUAAUUUCUGUAACUUCUUUCAUUUUUCUUAUUUUUUGAAAUAAUCUCUAAGAAAUCAGCGCAAGAUUUAUCCAUAUAAAUUGAGUUUUUAUACUCAUUUCUCGAAUUUCUUAUGUUAAUAUAUUUUUUGAAAUUAUCUUUAAGAAAUCAAGCGUAAGAUCUAUCCAUAUAGAUUGAGUUUUAUACUCAUUUCUCUAACUUCUUUCAUUUUUCUAAUGUUUUGAAAUAAUCUUUAAGAAAUUAAGCGCAAGAUCUAUCCACUUAGAUCGAGUUUUUAUACACAUUACUUUUAUUUUUCUUAUUUUUUUAAAUAAUCUUUAAAAAAUCAAGCGUAUGAUCUAUCCAUAUAGAUCGAGUUUUAUACUCAUUUCUCCAACUUCUUUCAUUUUUCUUAUGUUUUGAAUUAAUCUUUAAGAAAUCAAGCGCAAGAUCUAUCCAUAUAGAUCGAGUUUUCAUACUCAUUACUUUUAUUUCUCUUAUUUUUUUAAAUAAUCUUUAAGAAAUGAAGCGUAAGAUCUAUCCAUAUAGAUCAAGUUUUUAUAUUCAUUUCUCUAAUUUCUUUCAUUUUUCUUAUUUGUUUAAAUAAUCUUUAAAAAAUCCAACGCAAGAUCUAUCCAUUUGCGUUUUUAUAUUUUUUAACGAUUUUUGAAGUUGACAAUGUCGGGCAUUUGGUGGCCUUUUUGGAGAUUUGUUUUCAACAGAUUAUACAAGUGGUACAUCGUUUCAACAAAUACAGAGAGACUAAUUGAAAUUGAAUAAUUGAUAACACAACAUCAUCAAGGAAAAUCAUUGCUGUAACAGGGACAUAAUUUCAACAGUAGCACUAACUGAACGUAAUCAAACAAGCCACCGAAUGCCCGAUAUGGUCAAGUUCAAAAAUCAUUGAAAAAUAUAAAAAUGGACGAUUAACUUUGCGAAACCACUUAUCAGCAACUUUUAUCAGCAAAAAUGGUGUCAUUUUCCUCAUUGGGUGCAAGUAAGUUUUUUGUUGUAAUUACAGCUGUAAAUCUGCUUCAAACAGUGAAAAGAAUUUCUUUUUUUCCCUCAAUUUUCUGUAAGUAAAACUGUAAAAUUUUGUCAAUACGCUUGUCCAUAGCUUCUAUUUCUACUUUGAAAAUAGGAAAAAAAUGUAUUUUUCACUUUUCUUUUUUAAAAAGUUAAAUUGACAAUUUAAUUUUUAAUGUGUGUUAAUUAAAAUAAUAAAAGCUUGCUUCAUUCUAAUGCAAAUUGAAUCUUAAACUUUUAUUCAUCUUUGAAGUAAAUUAAGCUUAAGAUACUUUAAUGUUACAGCACAUAGCUUCGAGUCUAAAAACUAAACUGAGGUUGCACAAAAACUGAACCGUCACACAAGGAGACAUUUUCCUGACUUGGAAUUAAUAUUUCUGCUGGUCGUGAGUCUGCAAUCUAUUACAUUACCUAUCGCA